AAAUGACUUCCGGUGAGGAGAAAAUUGGUACGAAAUUUUGAACAGAUCGACUAAAAUUCAAAGAAAACAUUAGUGUCUUUUCGUUUUAUCAUCAAACUCAAUUGCAUUGCUAUGGUGUGUAAACAGAUAAUUUAAAGAAAGAUGUUUGGUUCAACUUCAGCAUUCAGCACCACAGCAAGUACCAACACUAAUGCAAUGAAAGAUGUGGAGGUUCAGAGUCCUCCAGACGACAGUGUGAGCUGUAUAAAGUUCUCUCCAACAUCAACAGGUACAUCCAGUUUUCUCGUUGCUGGGAGUUGGGAUAAUAAUGUCAGAUGUUGGGAAGUAACACAACAAGGACAGACAAUACCUAAAGCUCAACAGACACAUACAGGUCCUGUCUUGGACUGUGACUGGAGUGAGGAUGGAACUAAAGUGUUUACUGCAUCUGUUGAUAAAACAGUCAAAAUGUGGGACUUAAACAGUAACCAGGCUGUACAAGUAGCACAGCAUGAUGCACCUAUAAAGACAGUUCAUUGGAUAAAGGCACCAAAUUAUUCCUGUAUAAUGACUGGUGGAUGGGACAAAUUACUUAAAUUUUGGGAUACAAGAUCACCUACACCCAUGGACACAAUACAGUUACCGGAGAGAUGUUACUGUGCUGAUGUUCGUUACCCAAUGGCUGUUGUAGGAACAGCUGGUAGAGAACUUAUUAUAUACCAGCUAGAGAAUAGACCACAAGAGUUCAGCAGAAUAGAAUCACCAUUGAAAUUUCAACAUAGAUGCAUCAGUAUAUUCCUUGACAAGAAGAUCAACUCGCCCACAGGUUUUGCAUUAGGAAGUAUAGAAGGGAGAGUAGCAAUACAUUAUGUCAACCCAACCAAUCCAAAGGAUAACUUUACCUUCAAAUGCCACAGAUCAAAUGGUGCCACCAAUGGCAUGCAGGAUAUAUAUGCUGUGAAUGACAUAUCAUUCCACCCAAUUCAUGGUACCUUAGCGACAGUUGGUUCGGAUUGUAAGUUCAGUUUCUGGGACAAAGAUGCCAGAACUAAACUGAAGACAUCAGAGCUGUUUGAUCAACCAAUUACAGCAUGUAACUUUAAUUCACAAGGAACAGUUUUUGCAUAUGCAACUAGUUAUGAUUGGUCAAAGGGCCAUGAAGGAUUUGAUCCACAGAAGAAACCACACAUUUUCUUACGAUCCUGUUUUGAUGAACUGAAACCUAGUAUGAAGAAGUCAUAAACAUAACUCGUCAUAUCCAACAGAAUCGUUAGGUGUGGAAAUCAGAAAUUUAUGUGUAAUACAAGACAUGCCAGAUUGAGUCAUAUUUGUUUUAUAUACAUGUAUAUUGACUUGGCAAUGAUAAAAUGUUGUAUUGUUUAAGUGAUUGUCUUUCAAGUCUUGUUUUAUAUAAGGACUGUACUAAAGAUA